UUGACCUGUCACCACGUCGUCCGUCCGUCCGGGACAGCAGCCGGUCUGCCCGCCGUGGAGCUCCGUCGUCCGCAUGUGGAGCCCAUGAUAUAUCAGCGCGACCAUGCGCAGCCCCCAGCAACGGCGAUAACGCACGUUGGAGGGCCGCUGUGGCUUAAAUUGGGUGCGGCGCAGCAGGGGAGGGUACGCAGGCUCUAUAUGAUCUGCACACCGCUCAUCGCUGCUGUUGUCUGGCUGGGUGCUGCGCGGGGCGUGCGUGGCUGGGGCACCCUCGGCCACGCGACGGUCGCGUACGUCGCACAGAACUUUGUGGAGCCCGAGGUAGCCGCCUGGGCGCAAGGCGUGCUGAACGACACCUCCUCUUCGUACUUCGCCAACAUCGCCUCCUGGGCCGACACCUUCCGCGCGACCGCAGCCGGGAAGUGGUCGGCCCCGCUCCACUUCAUCGAUGCCCAGGACAGCCCUCCGACGAGCUGCAAUGUGAACUUUGCGCGCGACUGCACCGCGGCUGGGUGCUCGAUCUCCGCCGUGGCCAACUACACACAGCGCGUGGGCGACGGGCGGCUGACCGCGGCCAACACUGCCGAGGCGCUCAAGUUCCUCGUCCAUUUCAUCGGGGACAUCACGCAGCCGCUGCACGACGAGGCGCUCGACGUCGGCGGGAACACGAUCACCGUCACCUUCGACGGGUUCACGACGGACAACCUGCACAGCGACUGGGACACGUUCAUCCCCCAGAAGCUCAUCGGCGGCUCCUCCCUCGCCGACGCGCAGGCCUGGGCCACCACACUCACGACAAGCAUCAAGUCCGGCGCGUUCAAGGCGCUCGCCCCGGGCUGGGUCGCGGCCAGCAAGCUGUCCGACCCCGUCGGGAGCGCGACCGCGUGGGCCGCCGACGCCAACGCGCUCGUGUGCACCGUCGUGAUGCCCAACGGCGUCGCGGCGCUCCAGCAGGGCGACCUCUUCCCGACGUACUACAACGGCGUCGUCCCCACCGUCGAGCUCCAGAUCGCCAAGGGCGGGUACCGCCUCGCGGACUGGCUCAACAAGAUCUUUGCCGCGAAUAUCGCCAAGCGCGGCGUCGCGGGCCGGGCGCCGGCGGCGGGGCAUCUGCCUGACCUGAGCGGGCGCGACUUGCUCCCGAGCGGCCCGGAGAAGAGCCGGGAGAUGCUCAUCCGGGAGGCGAUGGACGGGGGUGGGUGUGGCUGCAGCAAGCGUAGCUCGCAUGACCAUUAG